AUGCUUCGGUCGGUGAUCAAAGUGGGGACGUCGUCCCUCAUCGACGACGAGACAGGGACGCUCGCCCUCUCGUCGAUCGCUGGCAUCUGCGAGGUCCUCGCGCGCCUCCAGCGCCGUGGGCACCAGGUGGUGCUGGUGAGCUCCGGUGCAGUGGGUGCCGGGUGCCUGAAGAUGGGUCUGUCGCGGCGUCCCGCGGACCUGGCUGCUCGUCAGGCGCUGGCGGCGGUCGGGCAGGUGCACCUGAUGCGGAUGUACGACGACCUCCUGACGUCACUCAAGGUCACGUGCGCCCAGGUGCUCCUCACGCCCGAGAACCUGGCCUCGCGGCCGCAGUACCUCAACGCCCGCAACACCUUCGAAGCGCUCCUGCGGAUGGGGACCAUUCCGAUCGUCAACGAGAACGACACCGUCGCUGUCUCCCAGCUGCGGUUCGGUGACAACGACACGAUGUCGGCGCAGGUGGCGGCGCUCGUGCACGCGGACUACCUGUUCCUGCUCACGGACGUGGACGCACUGUACACCUCGAACCCGUCGCUGGACCCGCAAGCCAAGCGGAUAGCGGAGGUCCACGACCUCUCCGAGCUCGCGGUGGACACGAGCACGAGCGGGACGCAGUGGGGCACCGGCGGCAUGGCGACGAAGCUCACGGCGGCGCGAAUCGCAACGGCCGCAGGGUGCAACGUCGUGGUCGGGGCUGCGUCUGCGCCGGACAGAAUCGUCCGGGUGCUGAGCGGGGAGCUCCACGGGACGCUGUUCCACGCCCACCCGCGUCCGCUGCGAUCCCGGCGGCGAUGGAUCCUGGCCGUGCCUCCCAAGGGGUCCCUGUGGCUGGACGCGGGAGCGGUGCGCGCGGUGCGGGACAAGCGCAAGAGCCUGUUCGCGUCGGGCGUCGUCGAGGUCGAAGGGGAGUUCAACGCCGAGGAGGCUGUGCGCCUGUGCGGCCCGGACGGGCAGGAGUUCGCGCGGGGCCUGUCCAACUACGCAUCGGGCGACGCGAGGCGGUUGCGCGGGCUGGCGUCGUCGCGGUACGACAAGGCGCUCGGGUACGUAGGACCGGAGGAGGUGUGUCACCGCGACAACGUGGCGCUGCUCGAGGUGCAUCGCAACGACGAAUCCGGCGACGAAAUGUAA